AUGGAGCUCUCCAUCCACCAUCGCCUCCAAUUCAUCUUCUUCGCUCUCUUAUCCUCCACCUUCCUCCUCCACACCACCGUCGUUUUCUACCACCACCCUAUCACCGCAUCCCUCAUCUCCUUCCUUUCUACCCAUUUGCUGUUAACCACCAUCACAUCCCUCUCCGCCGCCUUCCUCCUCCUCCUCUAUUUCCGAUCACAAGCUUACCCCGUCUUGCUCCUCAACUACUCCUGCUACCAACCCCCCUCCCACCGGGAAUGUACUUAUGACUUGGCCAAUAAUUUCUUGAUGCACAGUGCCCGAUUCACCACUUCCGAGCCUGUGGAUUUCAUGCGUAACAUCUACUUGAAAUCUGGGUUAGGUAACCACACCUAUGCACCGCCCUUUAUGUUUGAGAAGAACCAAACCCCGUCGCAGAAAAACGCCAUCCAGGAAGCCGAGGAAGGUAUCUUCUCCUCCGUUGAUUCUCUCCUGUCCAAAACCCAGAUCAAGCCGGAGGAAAUCGACGUCGUCAUCGUUACCUGUGGGGGGUUUUCACCUUCCCCUUCUCUCUCGUCUCUCAUUGUCAAUCACUACAAGCUCAAAUCAGAUGUGAAAACGUAUAAUCUUAGCGGCAUGGGCUGUAGCUCCGGCGUACUCUCCAUUGAUUUAGCUCAUCAGGUCUUACGUGGCGGUGGCAGGAAAAUCAAGAAUGCUCUCGUUGUUAUAACCGAGAGCAUUACCUUAAACUGGUACGACGGUGAAGAAAGAUCAAUGCUGGUCACCAACUGCAUCUUUCGCGUUGGUUGUGCUGCGGCGAUAAUCACCAACGACCCAUCCCGUCGUUCAUCCGCAAAAAUGGAACUUACCCAGUCCCUCAGAACCCACCACGCCGCCGACGACUCCGCCUACCACGCUGCUUUUCAAGAGGAAGACUCGAAGGGAAUCACCGGCAUUUCACUCACCAAAGACUUAAUAAGAGUCGCCGGCGUAAACCUCCGAGAACACGUUAAAAUCCUUGCCCCACGAGUCCUGCCACUGAAUCAACUCGUGAUGUAUGCUUACUCGUUGGCGGCGUCGAUUUUGUCCUCCGGGCAGUUGAAACCGGUGGUGCCAGAUUUCACGACGGCGUUCGACCAUAUCUGCGUGCACACAGGCGGGAAGGCAGUGAUUGAGCAAGUGGGACGAGUUAUGAAAUUUAGUGAGUCGGUGACUGAACCGGCCCGGAUGAGUCUGAACCGGUUCGGGAAUACUUCGAGCAGUCUAGUGUUUUACGAGUUGGCUUAUUUUGAAGCAAAAAGGAAAGUAAAAAAGGGAGAUAAAAUGUGGAUGAUUGCCUUCGGAACCGGGUUCAAGGUGGGAAGCUUGGUGUGGAAAUGGAUACAGGAUCCUGAACCGGAGAAUGAUAAUCCAUGGAACGAUUCCAUACACCAAUACCCAUUGAAAUCUUGGUAGGAAAAUUUGUUUUGGGGGAUUUAAAUUAAAA